AUGGAUUCUGCUGCGCUCAUUCGCAGGCGCCAUAGAACCACGCAACUACUCCAGCCCGUUCUGCGGGCUUAUGCGCUGGGUUAUCUGUCUUCGGCCACACCCAAAAUCAUAUCGUGCCUACGGCGACUUUGGAUCAAUAAUGACUUGAGCUACCGACAGAGAUUCUACGAGCUACUCCGAGUUCUAGCGGGACCUUUACGCUUGGAAAGUUUCCCAACUUUCUGUGCAGCGCUUGUUGGGGGCUCAACUCUGCUCCCAAUCCUGGCUUUGAGAGUCUUACAAACGGCUUGUCGUAGACUUGGCUCGGACUUCAAGAGCUUAAACUUCAAGAGUGUAUCUCAAUUGAUCCAAUUUGCUGCUGCAUUUGUAUCUGCCUGGUUCAGUUUCCAGAUUCUGAAUCGGCGGCCUGUCACUUUACAGACAGUGUCCGGAAAGCCCCAGGAUGGCAUUGGUCAGGAAACAACUGCUCUUCAGCCAACGCCCCAGCUAUAUCCGCAUCGCCAGACUCAAUUCGGUGGGAGAACCAUGGACCUUACCCUCUUCACGUUCACUCGCGCACUAGAUUCCAUGGCCUGCAUCGUUUGGAGCUGGGUUCAACAUAAGCGGAGAGGUGGCCAUGGCUGGAGUAAGGCAAUCCCGGUUAUUCCUGGACUCGCAGACUCUGCUGUCUUUGCUUCAAGUGCGGCAGUAGUAAUGUGGGCUUGGUUUUAUUCCCCUGAAAGGCUGCCGAGAUCAUAUGGAAAAUGGAUUGGAGAGGUCGCCAAGGUGGAUGAGCGUUUGAUUGAGGCUCUUCGCCGGGCGCGGAGAGGUAUCUUUGUCUACGGAAAAGAUACUGGACAGGCUCCGCUAUUGGAAUCCAUGUGCAAGGACUUUGGCUGGCCUACCGCUUGGGGCGACCCUGCUCGAACCAUUCCCAUUCCCUGUGAAAUGGUGCACAUGGGGUGCGGCCCUAGCUGCGAGAAGCACGCUGUCUCUCGGUUUCUUAGAACGUUUAAGUUUGCAUGUGCAACCUACAUCCCUUUGCAAACCGCUUUCCGUAUACGCUCGAUGAAGUCAGCGGACCGAACAAGGCUGGGGCCCAGACUUUUCAGUAGAGAAACGGUGACACCGCAGAUGUGGGAUUCUGGACUUUGCGUCGGUGCCGGAUGUGUUAUGUGUGGUUGGAGCAUUCUUGUCGAACAUGCAAAGAAGCGGCAGGAGAUCGCAUUGUUUGUGGCACCCAGGGCUGCAGCAACUGUCCUACCCAGGUUUUAUGAUCAGAAGUAUUUAUAUCGGGAGCGUACUAUGUUCGCCAUCAGUGCGGCUGUCCUUCUUACCUGUCUCAAAGAAAGCCCCGACAUGGUUCGAGGAGUCUUUGGCAAGAUUGGACGAAGUGUCGUGAAUUGA